AUGCUUCUUGCUCAUCGGAUCGGUUGCCCAUCGCGUAUAGUAUCAGUCACACAUUACAGCACAAAGCAGAUUCCAAAGAAAGCUGCAGGUGCCUUCACCAGUAACAAGUACAUUACCCAACCUGUCGCCGGCACCAUUGCCAACAAAACGCUUGUUUACAUUGGUCCUUUUGCCGAAACGAUGCAGCGCUAUAAGAUGGUGGCUUCCUUGUUUGGUGCCUGUGGUUUAUGUGCUGUGCCUGCAUUAUUAAGCACAGGCCAACCAUCGAUUGUCAGUGUCGUCCUUGCGGGAACCUCUGCCAUGGCACCAGCACUAUUUAUCCAUUGGUAUACACGCAACGUCGCAACAAAGCUGAUUGUAUACGAUGAUGUCAAAACGGUGGAACAACAGCGAAGACGACCACGUGAGAUCAAUGCUGGGAAAUGGAUUGGAAUUGAAACAUCCUCUUUAUUGGGUCGCUUACGUGAAAACAACAUGUGGCUCUCUGAUCUUACUACUACGCAUGGCGACAAAGUGAUAACAUGGCAAUCCAGCAAACGGAGAUACGUAUUCGAGCGUGCUGUCAUCGAAGCAGACCCUUACUUACAAGGCCUGGAUCAAUGCAUAAGCAGGAAAAAGUCACAUGUCAAUGAUAGCAAACAAUAA